GCUGGUGCUGCUGGUGGUGAGUGUCUGCACUGUAUGUGCUGCAGCUCGGCCAGGACACCUCCACCAGUUCACCUGACUGGCUGGUAACCUGAACUAAAACACAGAUUUUCUCCUCUGAAAAGUAUCGACCACUAACUCUAACGGUGUUGGAGCGCGUUACGUGUCCCUCCCGGCGAGCCUCUCAUCCCCCUCGGUCCAUGGCCAUCACCGCUGCCCGCCCUCUCCCUCUGGGAGGUAACCUUCAAAGGCCCGGCUCAGCACGAUGGGCGACCAGCUGAGUGACGGAGAUGGACGGAAUCAAAGGACGUGCUCCCUUCAUUGUGGCCAGAUGAAGGGACGCCUACCUUCUUCCAGCAGUGAGGGGACGUACGUUGCAGCAUUUUGAUGUUCUUCAGAGCGUAUUGACGCACCUAAAAAAAGAAAAUAAUAAUUUAGAAAUCAUUUUGAAAAAGUGGAAAUACUGAUCAGAUAUAUUCAGGGUGUGCACUCUCUCAGCAUAGAGCCCAUAUGCCGACUGAUUAUCCCUGUAAUGCUUGUUAUGAGUUGUCCAUCCUCAACCAAUGAGCCAAAGAGCUGCAGCAGCGAGUGCAGCAGCGGCACCACUUCCUCCAUCACCACCUCUGACCCAUCCUCUAUGUCUGGACAAACUCACGCCACCCUACCUUCCCUCGGUGAUGCCCCCGACACCUCUAAGCAUGAAGCUCCCCCACCUCCCCCCCUGCCGCCCCCACCACCGGGGGCACCCCCGCCCCUCCCACCUCCAGAGACUACGUCCACCAGCCACAACGCCAGGAAGAAGCGCCGCGUCCGCAGCUUCUUCUGGAAGCCGAUACCGGAGGAGAAGGUGCGCGGGAAGCCCAACAUCUGGACGCAGGUGGUGCGGCAGCAGCAGUACCAGAUCGAUGUUCGCUCCGUGGAGGAGCUGUUCGGGCAGCAGGAGGAGGCAGUGACAGGCGUACGCGGGGCGCCACCGGCCGCCGGAACCUCAACUCGUGUCUCCAGGUCUCGCUCCUUCAAGGAGAGCAGCAAGGAUGAGAUCAGCAUCCUUGACUCCAAGAGAGGGAUGAAUGUGGGCAUUUUCCUGAAGCAGUUCAAGAAGUCCAACCGCUCCAUUGUUGAAGACAUACGACAAGGAGAAGGAAAGCCUUAUGGAGCAGAGCUGCUCAGAGACCUGCUGAAGCUCCUGCCUGACGCAGAGGAGAUCAAGAAACUUCAGGCGUUUAAAGGAGACCCAGACAAGCUGACACUGGUUGAUUCCUUUAUGUUCUUCUUGAUCCAGGUGCCUCGGUUCGAGGUUCGGAUCGAGGCCAUAGUCCUCCGCGAAGAGUUCUUUCCUUUCUGUGCUCUAAUGAGCCGCGAGAUCGAUGUCGUCCGCGUCGCCACUAAAGAGCUGAUGAGCUGCGAGGAGCUUCAUGCCAUUCUGCAUCUGGUGCUGCAGGCCGGAAACAUCAUGAACGCUGGCGGCUACGCAGGCAACGCUGUGGGCUUCAAGCUGUCUUCCCUCCUCUCAUUGGCCGACACCAAGGCCAACAAACCCGGGAUGAACCUCCUGCACUUUGUUGCCAUGGAGGCAAAGAAAAAAGAUGAGAAGCUGCUCAAGUUUACAGAGAAACUUCAGGAUGUCCAGAGUGCAUCCAGAAUCUCAGUGGAAAACAUCGAGGUGGAGUUUUCCUCCUUAUAUGUUCGGAUUAAAUCCCUGGAGGAGAAAGUUCAAGGAGACCGGGAGCUAGUGCAGCAGCUGGAGCCCUUUCUGCAGAGUUCAGCACAGACGCUUCAGGACCUGAAGAGACGCAGGCUGGAUCUGCGCAAAGAGGGGAACGCUCUCAUCGACUUCUUGUGUGAAGACAAGGACACCUUUAAGCUGGACGAGUGCUUCCGCAUCUUUCAAGACUUCUGCAACAAGUUCAAGAAAGCUGUCAAGGACAACACGGACCGCGAGUUGAAGGAAGCAGCCAGACUGCGUCGUCUGCGAGAGCUGGAGGAAAAGCGCUUUGCUUGGUCGGGUGCUGAUCCGAGCAGCGAAUUUAGUCGCAGCAGCAGCGAGAGCGACGUGGGGAUGCUUACUAAGGAAGGCCUGCUUGACUUCUUCCAGCAGAGGUCUCAGAGUCCGCAAAGCCCGAUGGGACGCUCCGCCAGCGCCCGCCGCCACCGUCACACCAUGACCUCCGUAGCAGACCGAGAACUCCAAGGAUACCUGGAGCUAUUUGGAGGCACCGGGAACCCCGCUGACUAUUCCAAGUUUAACAGCCUACCUCGGCCGGGCCGCACGGUGCAGCGCAGGUCGACCCCCUGGAUCUCAGCCCAGGACGACAACCGUGAGCUGGGCUGCGACACACAGGUGGAGUCCCCACGUGCAGAAACGGAGCCUAUCAGCCCACUGGCCAGGUUUUCGUCCUCUGGGCUAAACGGUGAAAAUGACCCAUACAACAACAAUCAUUACUCAUCUGUGUCCGAAGGCAGCGCUCUGCCUCGUCCCUUAUGUGUCUUUCAGAAGCCCGCCAAUCUUCCCAACCCAACAAUUACCAGCCACUUGAAUGUUAGUGUGGAGAAGCACACUUUAGUUCGAGGUCCUCAAGCUUUUGAGCUACCUAGUCCAAACAAUAACAGUAAUCCUCUGCACUUUGUCAACCAGGGGGAUAUUGUGGUGACUGAUUUGGAAAAGGAGAGACGGUCACCUCCCACAAAUCUGGACGUCCUCCUGCAUGAUAACAUUUUAGAAAGAGGAGCAGAUCCCAAUGCAGCCUGGGGAGGGGAAAUAGAUCCUCCCACACAUGCUGGGCUCUCUCCUGAGACAGAGAAAGAAGAUGAGGACAACAGCACAGUUUCAUCAACAACCUGUGAUACACCCCUCCCACUGGAUACCUCUGUAUCCAAUAAGAAACCAUUGUUUUAUAUACUAGACUGCACAGAAACGGACUGCUCUGUCACCUCGGAUUACUCUGAGGUGGAAAGCUCGUCUCUAAUGAAAGAGGGGCUUCAUUUCAGAACAACUGACUGCAAGAGAUCCGAUCAGGAGAGCCAGCUAGAUUCGAGUUCCUUGUCCUCUAAUUUGGAGUCCAUGUCUCCCAUGGACCAGUCCGUUUCCACCAAUGAGCUUUCAGCGCCCAAAUCUGUGGACGCAGCAUCCAUGACCCCAUCUGCUACCGCAGACGAGUGGGACACGGAGAGCUGUGACACCGCUGAGGGGAAACAAGGUGUGGAGACAGAUGCGCAGAGAAGCAGCAGAAAGCCUGCGCAUACAAAGGGCAAAGCUAACAAAGCGACAAAGUGCAGCGGAGGUCGCAGUGUGCGAACGCUGACCAGCAGCGAGAGCCAAGGCAUGCGGAAGGUUGUGCCCAUCAGCAAGCUUACAAGGACAGGUAGCAGGAGAGGAGAGAGACUUUUGGAGCACGGCGGUGGAGAGUCACGCCGUGACCAGAGCACCCCAGCGAGAGGAAGGAGCGAGAAGACCGCAAGACCUCCUCGACACUCCAGUCUGCCUCCGGAUGAGUCCAAAGCUCAGAAGGGGAGUAGCCUCACAGGCGGCGCUUCCAGAUGGGCGCGCGAAUUAGCCCCGAGAAAGGCUACCAUCAACAAGCAGAGCACCAAACCCCUGAGGAAUAUCCCCAAGCCUGCACCUGAGGAGAAGAUGUGCCGCUCCACCAUGAGAGCCCUGGCACAGGCCCAAGCUCAGGCUCAGGGUGGAGCUUGCUCUGAGCACAGCAGCUGUAACACACUCGGCGCAAAAAACACCUCCGAUGUCCCCAGCUUUGCCCGCAACACGGUAGCUUUUACUUCUAGGUCCAGGAAGGAUCUGGGCCCCCCGUCUGUCCCCUCCACCCCGUCUCGCAGACCCUCUCUUCUAGGUCGACAAACCCCGGUGAAGCAGAAUAGGUUGUCGCCCACAGUUCACACUUGCGAGGAGCAGCCCCAAGGCACAACCCUGCGACGGGUACAAAGUGUGAAAGCAACCAGCCACAGCGCCUACCGCAGCGAGACUCCCCCACCACCUCCUACACGUGAAGUUGUUCGUAAGACUAGUAGCUUUUCUGAAAAGUCCGUCCAGUCUAGAGACUUGGUGACGCCCAGCAGAGGUGCUAAACCAAGCUGGAAAUAAAGCAAAACCUAGUGGAAACUGACUGCAGAAGGACUUAAAGAAAGAGAGGCUUUGAUGUAAAUUGAUAUUCGCUCUUCUUCCCCUUCUACUGUGCAAUCGUAUCCUCUCAUAUCACGCAAAAGACAGGAAUCUGAAAGAUAUUUUAGGCUAUCUCACCCUAAGGUUCCUCUAGUAGCUGUAUCUGUAUCAGGUUUAUGAAUUGCAAAGAGCUGUUUUUUCUUUGUUGCUGUUGUUUUAACAAUUCCCUUUUUAUUUUAGGGGGGGGCAUUAACUAAACUGACAAAUGGCAAAUAGGUGUUUUUACACAGGAGCCUCUUUGCCUGCUUAGCUGUCUAUUUACUGUAUAUGCUUGUGUCUGUGAUGAUGUUGAUGUCGAACACUACUGACUAUAUGAUGCUGCUAAUUAGCUCCGACAAUUUGAGACUGAGUUUCAGUGUCCGUUUCAUUCAGGGUUACAAGAUUUGUUGUACCUACACUUGCUGCUGUUAUGGUGUCUUUUAUUUUUUUAGUGCGUCCUCCUGUAGAGCAUCGCACCGUUUGAUUUCUUUGCUUGAUACCUCAGAAAGAUCGCAGUGGCCUUGUACCGGCAGAAAAAAAAAGUAGAAUAUGUUCAUUUGGCUCUGCAUGAUGAAGAUGUAGAUCUGAUAAAUUGGUUUAAACUGCAAUGUCACUUUUUUUUUUUUUUUUUUUUUUUUUUACAAAUCCCUGGUAUAAAUCAUAUUACUACGAUAUAUAAAGUCACAGAUUAUAAGCCAGUGUAUACCAACUGUGGUACCUGUUGUACCUUGUGUAUGUAUGUGUGUCUGUAGUAAGUAAAUGUGUUAGAACUCCUCCAUAGUAUCAUGGAGUAGACGUGCACGUAGGAAUUGUUUCCUGUAUACUGUAGGCUAAUACACGAUCAACGCUAAUGCUUUGCAAGAAAAGCACUGAACGUGUCUGAAACAACACUGACAUAAUCAUCAGUCACAUGAUUGUUUUGACAGCCUGGUCUAAUGUUUCUACUGUGAAUGUAGUCAUCUCAUAUGUUCUCUAGGCCUGCACCUCUCUUGACAAUGUUAAAUUGCAACAAUAACUGGUCAUAAUUCA